AUGGGCGGUCGAUGCACAAAACUUACUCAUGGCCAACGAGUAAGGUCUCUUUAUAAUCAGGGUCAGGAUAGUCUUAAAUCGCGAAAUGUAUCGGAAGCUCUAAACCAUUAUGAACUAGCUUUAGAACAAAUUCAAUCAUCCUCUCGGAUUACUCCUGAGUUCAAUAAACUUCAAUACAACAUUUAUCUUGAUAUUUGCUACAUUUACAUAAAUAAUGGAGAUUUUUCUAAAGCUAAUGAUUGCUGUCAAGCAGCAGAAAAGCUGGCUGAUAAACCGAGCAAAUUGUCUGAAAUUACUUGUUGUUUGGAGAUGAUAAGCCAACGCAAAAUUGCGCAUAAUGAUUGGAAUGGGGCAUUAAAUGAUUACCAAAAAUUGUUGGAAAUAAAGCUAAAUUCGUUAAAGUGCAAUGAUGAAGAUGUCGCUAGCUUAUACGAUAAUAUUGGAAAGAUCUAUUGCGUUCUACGCAAAUUUGAUGAGUCACUUACUAUGUAUGAUAAGCUACAGAAGAUUUACUCAGUAAGAUCUGCAGAUGAAAAUUUUGAUGUAGCUAGAGCGCUUUUGUGUCAAAACAUAGGGAUUGUUUAUUAUCAUCAAGUCAAAUACGAAAAGUCGCUCUCUAUGCAUAAAGAAUCGCUUCAGAUUUACUUACGAAGACAUGAUGAAAAUGAUCUUAAAGUUGCUACUUUUUAUAAUAACAUUGGAGCUGUCUACUGUAGUAAAGGAAAAUACAAUGAUUCACUUUCUGCAUACGGAAAAUCGCUCGAAAUUUAUUUGAAAGUAAAAGGUGAUAAUAAUCUCCACGUUGCCAAGCUUUAUAACAAUAUGGGAUUUGUCUAUUACUAUCAAGGCAAAUACGUAGAUUCGCAUUCGAUGUACGAAAAGUCCUUAAACAUUUUUAAAGCAAGAGUUGGUCUAAAUCAUCUUUAUGUCGCUACGCUCCAUAAUGACUUUGGAGCGCUCUAUUACGAUCAAGGCAAAUAUAUUAAAUCAUAUAAUAUGUACGAUAAGGCUCUUAAAAGUCUUAUGAAGCUACACGGUGAUCAUGAACUUGAUAUCGCAGUCUCAUAUCAAGGUCUAGCUUCUGUCUCUAGUGAUCUAGGCAAAUGGAAUGAGUCCUUUUCUAUGUGCGAGAAGUCACUUAACAUUUACUUAGAAAAACUUAGUGAUAAGCAUCCUAACCUUGCCAAAGUGUAUAUUAUCCUGGGAAACAUCUAUCAUGAUCACGGUAAUUAUCUCCAAGCUCUUAAUAUGUAUCAAAAGUCACUUCAGAUUUAUAGGCUUGUUUAUGAUUACGAUCAUCCUAAUAUUGCCACAGUCUACAAGAAAAUUGCGACUAUUUAUUACCAGCAAGAGAAAUAUGAUAAUGCAUUCUUUGAACUUACGGCAGCACUCAAAAUUUACCAGCAAAUGCUUGAUAAGGAUCAUCCUCUUAUUGCUGAUUUGCAUAACGAAAUAGGUAGAAUCUACGCUAAACAAGGAAAAUUCGAUGAUGCUAUAUCUGUAUGUCGAAAGUCCCUCCAGAUAAUAUUAAAUCAAAUGGGUAAAAAGCAUAAAUAUGCUGCUAAAACAUUCGAAUAUUUAGCAAUCGCUUACUAUACCACCUCCCAAUAUGACAAAGCCUUACCAAAGUAUGAAAAAGCUGUUAGUAUUUUAUUUGAUCUAUUUGGAGAAAAUCAUCCUGAAAUUUCUAGAUUAUACAAGGACAUCGCUAAUUGUUAUGAACAACUCCAUCAAAAUGAUAAUGCAACUGUUUGGCGUAACAAAUCAGAUCUAAUUAGAAGUCAAACACAAUCUGAUAAUAUAGUGGAUGAAUGUCUUAGCCACUCAGCACCAUCACACGAAAAUGUAAUGUCUGAUCAAAAUUACAAAGAUAAUUUGCCUAAAGUAGAAUAUACAGAAGAAGAAAAAAAGUAUAUUGAAAAAUUGAAUGAAAACUGUUACUUUGUGAUCGCAUCUUCCAUUGGAAAAGAAUGGCAAAGAUUAGCUAAGGAACUGGGGCUGCCAGACGAUGAAAUUAAAUCUCUUCAACAACAAGGCCGAAACAAAGGCGGUUAUUCGACUCUGGCUGUGGACAUGUUAAAAUAUUGGCAGAAGAGAAAUUUAGCAUCGAAUGAUCUAACGAUGUUAAUAGCUGGUCUUGAUCAUUUAGGCCAAAAUAGCUUAAUCGAUAGUCUAAAGAAGAUACUGAUUCAAAAUCAGUCGCACCAGUUCUUAUCCAAAUAUAUCAAAACAAUUUUACAAAGUAAAAGAUUGAAAAUUUAA